AUGCCCAAGCAAAUUACUGAGAUCAAGGAUUUCUUGGUGUUGGCACGAAGGAAGGAUGCCAAAAUCGUGAAGAUUAAAAAGAACAGCCUCAACGUGAAAUUCAAAGUCCGAUGCAGCAGAUAUUUGUUCACCUUGGUCGUAAACGACAAGGAUAAGGCCGAAAAGCUGAAGCAGUCACUUCCUCCAGGGAUUCAAGUUAUCGAGCUGAAGUAG